UGUCUCGACGCGCGUCGUCGUCUUCAUCACGGUGGCUCACUUGACGCAAGCGCCGACGUCACGCCGCGGCGCGGCGCUCCGGUCGGGAUGUUGAAAAACCGGCCAUCGUCCGCGACCAGGUCGUCAGAGGAGCGAGCGCGCCAAUCUCGAAAGCAAGCCAUGUGCGAACACAAGGGGGAUCGCCGGUGCGUGGCCAUUUCGGCCGAGACCGUGAAGUCGGUCUGGAAGCGAGUGAUCGACUUGUUUUCGACUCGCGACGACAAAGCCGCCGACGCACAACUGCGCAUCUACGAUGAAGCACCGGAGUUCCUCCGCCAGAAUCCGUUCAUCCUGAAGGGCUACCGCUGCAACUUUGCGCUUCGCCGGUGCGCCCGCUCCGCCUUCGAGUGGAACAACGAGACGCUGAACAUUUGGACGCACCUGUCGGGUUUCUUCAUCAUGCUGGCUCUCUUCGUGCACGACCUCGUCCAACGGUUGGACGAGGUGUCCCCUUCAGCGGUGGACCGGGCGUUUUGCGUUGCCAUAUGCCUGACGUACAUGACGACCCUUCUGCUGUCCGUGGUGUACCACACGUUCAACUGCCACUCGGAGCAGUGCUACCAGCGGCUACUCAAGUGGGACGUGCUCGGCGUGGCGCUCAGUCUGAGCAUGACGUUCCUCUCCGGCGUCCACUUCGCCUUCAGCUGCAGGCCUUGGCUGGAGCUCGCCUACAGCGGCGUCGAGGUGCUACUGGUCGCCGUCGUGCUGGUGCUCAACUUCGCGCCUCGCUUCGCCGGCCGAGAGGACGUGGAACCCGCGCGGCUCUUGGUACUCAGCUCUCUGGUGCUCUUUGGCCUGGUGCCCACCGUGCACUGGUUCGCCCUCAACGGCGGUUUCGAGGCCCCCAUCGUCCGCCUGCUCCUUCCCCGCAUCGCGGUGCUCUUCGGUCUCAUCGGGAUGGCGUUCGCCGUGUACCGCUUCAAGAUCCCCGAGUGCCUCUGGCCCGGCCGCGUCGACUACGUCUUCUCGAGUCACCAGAUCUGGCACGUCAUCGUGUUCCUGUCGCUAGUGUGGUGGCACGAGACUGGAUUUGUUCAUUUCCACUUCAUGAGCGGCGGACAGCAGUGCGCCGUGCCCACGUAAUGUUUCUCCGGUUGCGAAAACGUGCGCGGUCUCCUACUAUAGUCGUGUCCGUGCGGACGGCACGGUGCAUGGCCUACCGAGAGACUUUUUUUUUUUUCAUGAACUGUUUCGGUUGUACCUGUCAUGAAACAUAGGCGCGUACUCGACUAGAGCACGCGCUGAAUGUUUGUGUGUACUGAAAGCGAGUCGACUGAUACACGACUGUCGUUGGGACUUCGAAAGAGCGCUCACGACGCGUAUAUCGUGGUUUCCUGCGCGGGUUGAUGCGUGCACAACGUGUCGUGAACAGUUUUGUCACUUUCGUGCACAUUUCACCAAAGUGCAGUGGCUUGAGGGCCAUGGAUCUCAACGUUGCCUGCGUACUUUGCGGGCGUGUCAGUUCCUAUGAAUUUGUAUGUGUGCAACGCUGUAUAGGGCAAGGGCCAAACGAUGAAAAGGAGUUGCUCCGUUAGCAUCUGCCGUCCCGGAGAGGUUCUGGUCAUCAGUGUCUUGGUGGCAUAUCUUUAUUCAGUUCGUUAAUGAUGCUGGCAUCUUAGCGAACUUGUGCGGCGUGUUUUACAAGGCACCGCUGAUGAUUCAUUAAGCGUUGCGUACCUUCGUCGAACGAGUAUACUGUUUCAAACACCGAUUUGAACGUGUUGCGUACGUAUAGCGCAUUCUCUGCUCAACCAUUCUGGGUGGCUUGCUCUCUAAAGUUGCAGUGCUGAAAUACUUGUGUUCAUAUCGCACAAAUGCAUUUAAUCACUUCAAUCAUUGAUGACAUCAUCUCAUCCUUGCCUGUCCCUUAAUUUACUGUUAAAACGGAAAUUCACUCUUGAAACAUCACGAAAACAGGGGCAGGAGGAAAUUCACUCUUGAAACAUCAUGCAAACAUGGGCAGGCGAAAAAGUAUAACAGUGUGAUUUACGCAGCGCACUCAAGUUCGUGUGUGUGUGUGAAUAAACUUCGUCAUCACUCAGA